GUCAUCUCCUCCGCCCAGAAGAGGGGUGCCUACUGAACGAUUCUAUCAAGAGGAGAACAGCUAUUACUAUCGUCCCCAGACUGGUGCGAACUCAAUGCCUGUGGAGAAAGCUUAUUAUCAACGACCUGAGUCAUCGCCCAAGAGGAGGCGAGUGGAGGCUCCAGCGCAGUCUACAUGGGAGGCCCGAGGAGGCUACAGCGAUCCAGCUCCUCCUCCAUGGCAGAGAUCCUAUCAGGAUAACCCGUCUACUAAUAGAGGCAGUGGCGGGUCUGGACCUGGACAGAGCUACGGGCAGAGACGUUCGGGUGGUGCAGUACUCUCACAAGCUCCAUCGGCGACAAGUUCCUCUGCUGCUCCUGCUGGUGGUGGCAGUAGAGGUCGAUACCUCAUGAAGGACGUGAAAGGAGGUGGAUCUCGGGAGUAUCCUAGCCUGGACCGCCGAUGAUCAUGAUGAUAUCUCCCUCAUGGUUUACAUCCAGUCGCGAUGGCUCAUCUCAGAAUCGGUCGUAUUUGUACCAUAUUUUUUGUUCAUUACAUUCUCCAGCCUUUGCUC